UAAGCAAUGAGGGUUCACAAGUGAUCACAUGUAACCGACUACGUUUUGUAGGUUGGUCCGCUGCCUGAAGCGCCCGUACAAGUUCCCCCUUGCUUUCCUGUGCAAGCCUGCCCUAGCUUUCGCGUGCCGGGCACCCGUUUUGUCGUGUUCAACAUUAGCUUGCCAAGAAGAUUAAAAAAAAAAAAAAAUACCUGGCCACCAAUGAUGUAAUGAACUCUGUACCUGCAGAGGAAUGUGUUUGAAAACUAUUGAUCUGAGAUGUUCAGUAUAAAAGGUCGCCAUUCAAGAUGGCGAGGGAUAUGAAGGUCAAGCAGAGAAUGAAUUGAACUCAAGUUUCUCUUAUCUUGGAUUAACAUUAUAAUCACUGAGUCACUGGAUAAAGACAAGAUACCGGUAUUUUAUCGUUAUGCCCUGGCAAGACAGAGUGGCUGUGUCCUAUGCUCCUUGAACUUCUGUCCAUGAAGACUUAUCCAAUGUAAGUAGUGACAUUUCGCAAAGCGCUUUGAGAUCCCCUGGUGAAAGGCAUCACAGAAGCAGAAAGUAUUGUGACUGUUACUGCUGUUACUUUUAUCUAGCUGCCUUUCAAACAGCACAAGCUACGACAAUACUGUACAGACAGGGUCAGACUUCCUUUAGACCAGACGCUGGACAGGCGUUCACCCGUCAAGUAUCGGGGAGUGCGUGCUAUUCUGAACAGUGCUAGCAAAGAAUUAUGGGCUCACUAAUUAAUCUGAGUUAGUUCCUUCAAUUAUGAGUAACAUGCUGAAUCCUGAUGCUAUUUUUUCAAACAAUGAAAUGAGCCUGUCAGACAUUGAAAUCUAUGGCUUUGAUUAUGACUACACCUUGGUCUUCUAUUCUAAACAUCUACACACACUGAUCUUCAAUGCCGCACGAGAUCUUCUCAUUAACGAGCACCGGUAUCCUGCAGAAAUACGAAAAUAUGAUUAUGAUCCCAAUUUUGCAAUAAGAGGACUUCAUUAUGAUGUGCACCGGGCAUUAUUAAUGAAGAUUGAUGCUUUUCAUUAUAUUCAGCUGGGAACAGUUUACAGAGGCCUCAGUGUUGUCCCAGAUGAAGAAGUCAUUGCGAUGUAUGAUGGUUCCCACGUCCCCUUGGAACAAAUGAGUGACUUUUAUGGAAAGAGCUCGCAAGGAAACACAAUGAAGCAAUUCAUGGAUAUAUUCUCCUUGCCAGAGAUGACACUCCUUUCUUGUGUGAAUGAACAUUUUCUGAAGAACAACAUAGACUAUGAGCCUGUUCAUCUGUACAAAGAUGUCAAGUUCUUUACUGCUCUGUUGCUUUCCUGGCAGGAUUCAAUCCGGGAUGUCCACAUCAAGGGAAUAAUGUACAGAGCAAUUGAAGCAGAUAUUGAGAAAUACAUCUGCUAUGCCGAACAAACUCGGGCAGUGUUAGCAAAGCUGGCUGAUCAUGGCAAGAAGAUGUUUCUCGUUACAAACAGUCCCAGCAGCUUUGUGGACAAAGGCAUGAAGUUUAUAGUAGGCAAGGACUGGAGGGAUCUCUUUGAUGUUGUCAUUGUACAAGCUGAUAAGCCAAACUUCUUCAAUGAUAAGCGAAGACCUUUUCGGAAGGUGAAUGAAAGGGGAGUGUUGCUUUGGGACAAAAUUCACAAAUUGCAGAAAGGCCAGAUUUACAAACAGGGUAACUUGUAUGAAUUUCUGAAGCUUACUGGCUGGAGAGGUUCUAAGGUUCUGUACUUCGGUGAUCACAUUUACAGUGACUUGGCAGAUUUGACCCUGAAGCAUGGCUGGCGCACUGGUGCAAUUAUUCCAGAGUUACGAUCGGAGAUUAAAAUCAUGAACACAGAGAGGUACAUUCAAGCCAUGACCUGGCUACAAACCCUGACUGGAUUACUGGAACACAUGCAGGUUCACCGUGAUCCUGAUUCACAACUGAUUUUAGAAGAAUGGAAGAAGGAAAGAAAGGAUAUGAGGGAAAUGAACAGGAAUUUCUUCAACGCACAGUUUGGAAGCUUAUUCAGAACUGAUGAGAAUCCAACUUACUUCCUAAGACGUCUGUCUAGAUUUGCUGAUAUCUACAUGGCGUCGCUGAGUUGUCUCUUGAACUAUGAGCUUGAUUACACGUUUUAUCCAAGGAGGACUCCUUUGCAACAUGAACUUCCUGCCUGGUCAGACCAGUUGUGUACUGGUACAUUCAGAAUUCCCUUCUUACAAGAGACUGUUCAGAUCAAAUAAGCAUGUGGCUUGUUCUCUCUGAAGUGGGCGAAUAUACAGAUAACUAUCUUUUCUGAAUGUAGCUGUAUUUUGUUUAAGUCACUUGCAUCUAAAUCAAGAUGAUAGAUGUAACCCAUACUUGUUCUCAUAAGCAUUGUUGAUUUUUUUUGCCUCUCCUGCUUGGAAAUGGUGAGAGCUAUUCUUAAAAACCGAAGAGAUGCCAGAUUGCCAAAGUAGUAGUGGGCUGGGAGGGAAGGCUGGUGGUGUUUUAAGGUGGUUGUUUUUGCUUGUUUGUUCAUUGGAAAUUUCUUUCUGCAGCCUUGUGACUUACAAAGAAAUAGCUGUAUUCUCCCUUCUGCCUCCAAUCGGAAUGGAGCUCCAGCUGGAGCCUGCAAGUAGUGGAGCUUGGCGCUGAAAAGCUUGAAUACGGUAUUAGCAAUUAAGAGAUACACCAGUUUAUGGUGAGACUGAGAGGGAUGGUGUAAGCAUUUUAAUUUUCUGUGCUGCCAUGGCUACAGCGUUACCAGCACCUGAACUAGCUAGUCUAAUGUUUGUAUGGAUCUCUGCUGUGAUUACAGUACAGGCACGCUCAGCCUGAUGGACUGCUUUUCCUGGUCUGCCCAUUUUCUGUUCUUGUAAUGUCUCUGCUUGGCUGUAGAUGGACCUGAGCUUAAAUGUGAAAGUGUAGCUAGAAACUUGGGAUGCUUCCACUUCCUUGUGUUGUCUUUUAGACACCUUUGUUUUUAACUUCCAAAACACUUUUAAAUACCUACCCUCUGAUAAUGAAGCCAUUUCAAGAAGUCUCACACUGUGCUUUUCAAAGCUGAGGCAGAACUCUGUCAGGCUUCAGAUUGACAGUUAGUCUA